GAGGAGAUCGAGAGGCACUGCCCCAGCGGCCCCCGCGAAGCGGCCGACGGGGACGUGUGCCCGAUCUGCCUAGAGGAAGCCGUCCCCGAUGAGGUCGUUCGAAAGCUCCAGUGCGGGCACGUCGUGCACAAGGAGUGCUGUGAAGCUUGGCUGGCUACAGCCGACGCGUGCCCCAUGUGCAGAUCUCAGGUUCAACGAUUCCCGUUCCUCCACAUGUUGACACGUCUUUGCGGGAGUGAUUCUACGAACCCAGACCUCCAACGUCGUAACCAGUGCACGACUGCAGUUGAUUAUUGCUUUAUCUGCUCUUUUUCUGGGCUUUGAGUUCCUUGGGGCGCGAUCUGUGCUGUGGGACCAUCAAAACCAUUCUGCAGCGCAAUACUGGCCCCGAAUAUGGGGUCGAUGCUCGCACUCGUAACAAAAAGGCGCGGCGUUCGAGGUCUGGUGCGUCCUCAUGGAAUGCAUGCGUAAUGCAAGUUGAAGCACCGAGACGUUUGGGUAACAUAGUACAUACAGUGUUGUCGAUUAUCAUGAGAUGCAGUCGUGGCACAUAGUGCCGGUGCUGACGAUGGGGAAGAGGAGGAAUUACAUGACCAGGUGACGCAUCCCAUGGCGCGGACGUUACUGACCAUGCGGACAAUAACUGAAGAUCACGGGUGAUAGUAGUAGUGGUAGUAGUG